AUGGUGAGGACGAAGAUCUCGGGCUUUGUUGCCCUCGUUGCUCUGACACUUCAUGCAAGUGCAAUUGUCGUGCCACGCCAUUUGGAGGUCCAUGAAAAGCGAGAAACUUUACACCCGAGAUGGAGCAAAAGAGAUCGUGUCGAGUCACGCAAGUUAUUGCCUAUGCGCAUUGGCUUGACACAGAGCAAUCUCGAUGACGGUCAUGAUCAUUUAAUGAGAAUAUCUGACCCUGCUUCUCCAUAUUUUGGACAACACUGGACCGAGGAAGAAGUCAUCGAGGCUUUCCGUCCCAGUCAAGAAACAGAAGAUGAAGUUCGGAAGUGGCUGAUUGACUCUGGUAUUCCAGCUGGACGAAUUACUCAUUCCGAUAACAAAGGAUGGUUCGCAUUCUAUGCGACUGCUGAAGAAGCAGAAAGUUUACUGUAUACCGAGUACCAUGAGUAUGAGGAUUCAGUCACCGGUGGUGUUAUGCCCUCAUGCGAGGCUUAUCAUGUUCCCAAGAAUAUCCGAAGACACAUUGAUUAUAUCAGUCCUGGUAUCAAACUUCUUGCACCAAUUGAACAUUCAAAGAACAAGUUGAAGCGAAACGCCGAAGUGCUAGAGCGCGAGCUUUCUAAAAGAACUACACACGGGCUACUACGAGAUGCUAAGCACAAGUACAAUGGUACCAAUGCCACCGAUUUGAGUACUUGUGAUAUUGCUAUCACUCCAGCUUGUAUCGCUGCGCUUUACCAUAUUCCACCUGCGACUUUGUCUCACCCAAACAAUUCCUUAGGUAUCUUUGAGUCAGAGCUACAAUUUUAUACACAAAACGAUCUAGAUUUGUUCUUUACAAAUUUCACGAAACAUAUUCCAAACGGUACACAUCCAAUCCCAGCAAAUAUCGACGGUGGAAUGCAAUCAACCACUGAUCCUUAUUACGCUGGUGGUGAAGCAAAUCUCGACAUUCAACUUGCCUAUCCAAUUAUUUACCCACAACAAAUCACUCUCUAUGAUGUCGAUGACUACAUUGUUCAAGCAGACCAAAAUGAUACCUACACAUUCGGAUUUAACACUUUUUUGGACGCAUUAGAUGGAUCAUACUGCAACUUUACGGCCUACAACGAGACUGGCAAUGAUAAGUACUUGGAUCAAGCCUAUCCUGACACCCUGACUGGAGGAUGGCAAGGCUCCCUCAUGUGUGGUACCUUCACUCCCACCAACGUGAUUUCCCUAUCAUACGGUGGGCAAGAAUCCGACCUCCCAAUCGCAUAUCAAAAGCGACAAUGUCUUGAGUACUUGAAACUAGGUCUCCAAGGAGUAUCCUUCCUUUACGCCUCGGACUAUCCGGGUGACAUUGACGGGCCAACCGGGUGCAUUGGUCCAAAUCUCAACGUCUUCAACCCCACCUGGCCUGGUACCUGCCCCUACGUAACCUCCGUCGGCGCCACAAAAGUCUAUCCCGGCUAUACCGUCAACGAUCCCGAGUCCGCUGUUUUCGACCCCGCCGGCCACCCUUACUCUGUAAACUAUUCGUCCGGAGGCGGUUUCAGUAACAUCUAUCCGAUCCCCGAUUAUCAAGCUAAAUUCGUUGCAAAGUUUUUUGAUAAACAUAACCCACCUUAUCCUUAUUACAGCGCCUUGAGCAACGAUACGGAUAAUAUCCAAACAUUGCCUGAUAUUGGUGCCUUGGUCGGUAAAACGGGGGGUAUUUAUAACAGGAUUGGAAGAGGUAUUCCUGAUGUAGCUGCUAAUGGAGAUAAUAUCGCUAUAUACAAUGGCAACAAGUUCGAACUCAGCGGAGGCACAUCAGCUAGUACACCAAUUUUCUCGGCGGUCAUCAACCGUAUCAACGAAGAGAGAAUUAAUGUUGGGAAGAAAUCAAUUGGUUUCUUGAACCCAUCCUUAUAUGCUAAUCCGAGCAUGUUGAACGAUAUUGUUAAUGGAACAAAUCCCGGAUGUAACACGGUUGGAUUUUCGGCAGUUCCUGGAUGGGAUCCAGUAACUGGUCUUGGUACACCCAAUUAUCCAAAGAUGUUGGAAUAUUAUUUGGGAUUGCCAUAG